GCUUCGCUCCGCAGUGGCUGGGCGGGUGGCGGCCCGCGCACAGCGACCUCCGCCCGGUCGGCGCCGCUCCCGGCUGCGCGGGGCGGCGUGGCGGGCGCCCCCGGUCCGCGCCGUGGAAGUAUAGCACUUUGUACAUGUCUUGUUCUCGCGUCUUCCUCGUUCCCCUAGUCCAAGGGGUGAGGAGGGAAAAGAUAAACACUGAAUGCAAGAGUAUGAAAUGUUCCUUCAGCUGGAUUUUACAGCACCAUAUUUUCAUCAUUUACUUGAGGAUAACGAAAAUAGACUAGAUAAUGUUCCUUUCCACAAAUUCUUUAAUUCAACUGAGGUGUAACAUUGUGCUGCAAGCCAAUCAAUACAGUAAUUUAAGUCCUUUCAACUAUAAUGGAAAAGUAUGAAAAAUUAGCUAAGAUUGGAGAAGGGUCCUAUGGGGUUGUAUUCAAAUGCAGAAACAAAACCUCUGGACAAGUGGUAGCUAUUAAAAAAUUUGUGGAAUCUGAAGAUGAUCCAGUUGUUAAGAAAAUAGCACUAAGAGAAAUACGUAUGUUGAAGCAAUUAAAACACCCAAACCUUGUGAACCUCAUUGAGGUGUUCAGGAGAAAAAGGAAAAUGCAUUUAGUUUUUGAAUACUGUGAUCACACACUUUUAAAUGAGCUGGAAAGAAACCCCAAAGGAGUUGCUGAUGGAGUGAUCAAAAGUGUAUUAUGGCAAACACUUCAAGCUCUUAAUUUCUGUCAUAAACAUAACUGUAUUCACAGAGAUGUAAAACCUGAAAAUAUUUUAAUAACUAAGCAAGGAAUAAUCAAGAUCUGUGACUUUGGGUUUGCACGAAUUCUGAUUCCAGGAGCCGCCUACACCGAUUAUGUGGCGACACGAUGGUACCGAGCUCCUGAACUUCUUGUGGGAGAUACACAGUACGGUUCUUCCGUAGAUGUGUGGGCCACUGGUUGUGUUUCUGCAGAGCUUCUGACAGGCCAGCCACUCUGGCCUGGAAAAUCAGAUGUGGACCAGCUUUAUCUGAUCAUCAGAACGCUGGGAAAACUAAUCCUAAGACAUCAAUCUAUCUUCAAAAGUAACCAGUUUUUCCAUGGCAUCAGUAUUCCUGAGCCAGAAGACAUGGAAACUCUUGAAGAAAAGUUCUCGGAUGUUCAUCCCAUGUCUUUGAAUUUCAUGAAGGAGUGUUUGAAGAUGAAUCCUGAUGACAGAUUAACCUGUGCCCAACUCCUGGAGAGCCCCUACUUUGAUUCUUUUCAUGAGGACCAAAUUAAAAGAAAAGCACGUACUGAAGGAAGAAACAGAAGACGCCAGCAGAAUCAACUGUUGCCUCUCAUACCAGGAAGCCACAUCUCCCCCACACCUGAUGGAAGAAAACAAGUCCUCCAGUUAAAAUUUGAUCAUCUUCCAAACAUUUAGGAAAAUGUUCUUUCAAGUGGAAAGUAACUUAAUAUGUACACAUUUUUGUACAAGAGAGAUAGGAAUUCUCAGUGUUUCAAAUGCAAAUGAGCCAUAUGAAAAUUAAGAUGCCUUCUAGAAUUGUUUUGCUCUGAUCAUUACUGAUUCCUCUGCCUGUGCUUUUUACAUGCCAACUUUAUCUUUUAGAACAUUUUCUUUAAAUGUUAUAGAGUCUGAAACUGCACAUACGGAGGAGACAUUUCCAUUUCAUCAGAGCAGCCCCUCCCGAGGCAAUUUAUAGUGAGAAUUUGUGGGCUUGUACGUUGAUUUUUGGAAAAGAUUUACAUAUGUCAUUUUGGUUUACCUGACCACGUAAUGUCUUAGAGCAUUAUCAAAUAGCUUGCCUAGCUGUUUUUGUGUAAGGAAUGACAUUAUGUUUCUGCAUUUUAGUUCACCCUUAUUGUAACCAGGUCUGUUGAGUAAUGCUGAAUUUUAUAUUGGUGAGGAAGGGAACCUUGAAAUGUCAUGUAGGUUUAUCCCUCGAUUCCAGGGCAGACUCUACUUUGUCUCAUGAGACAUUGACGAUUCUAAUUUUAAAGCAAGUCAGAGAAAAUUCCACACAUUUACAUAGCAAAUAAGGAACUACAAGGAAUUACCAUCCUCAUGACAUAAUGCCCUGUGAUAAUCAACUGCUGCCUCUAAUGCUGUCCUUUGGAACAUCAUGGUUUCUUAUUCUCUCUCCUGGCUCUAUCAUCUCAGUGCCUAGAUGUAUCCUGUUGUGUGUGUGUCCUAAAUAUUUAGUUCACGGUCGAUAGUCUUCCAAACCUUUGAAUCCAUAGCCUCUGUGAACUUGUGCAGCCCUAAAUUGUGUAUCAUGAGCAGAUCAGGUUUGUAAGUGCUUCCACCAACAGAAAGAUUGUCAUUCAGUUAACCUCUUUGUGUCUCCUACCAAAAAAAGGAAGCAAACAAACAAAACACCACAGUAGGUAAGCCCCAUUUACAUUGGGAUAUUUUCCCAAGUAAACUUGACAGAUACACCUACAUACAUACAUACAUAUGUACACAUAUAUACAUAUAUGUUUAUAAGUUUUGAAACAUCAUGGUAGAUGCCUUUUAUCCUAGACAUCGAAGAAUGAGGCAGUCUGUUUAAAGGGCUUUUCGUUUGCUAGCAAGGAACUCAUGUAAAAUAAUAGCAUGGGGUUGUCUAUCACUGCCUGGCAUAAAGGCACAAAAUAGUGAUGUUUCAAUAAAUAUUAAGAUUAUUUCAUUAACUCUUUUCUGCCCCUGGGCUGGCAUGCUUACCUGAAGGUUGUCAAAUUUUGCAAAUACACAUAAUUCCAAGAAAUGCCAUGUAUCUGGCACUAUACACCAAGCAUAAAUUGUUUUUAGGAAAACACACUAACAUCUUCUGUUCACCUCUAAAAGUUUAUUGCACUCCUAACCAUGGCUAUGGAAACUGCUAGAGAAUCUUGUUCAGUUAUUUGGGAGGAGCAUCUCUUUACUUAGGAAUUACGGCAUCUCCAUAGGGGUUUCUUGCUCCCUGGAAGGACAUUCUCAGUGGGCUUAUUCGGCCAUUUAACCUGCUUAGUGUGACUAAGCUGCUUUGGUCUUCCUGUCUUCUUAUCAUCAAGAAUGUGCCUCUUCAGAUUUGUAUGUUUCUUGCAUUUUUAAUUAAAUGAUGCCACAGGAGCAAGGAAAAUGAGAAAUAAAAGAUAAAAGGCAACUUUGCUGAAAGAUUUCUUUUUAACUUCCACAGUGUUUUUAUCAUGUAAGCUUUCUUAUUGCCAAGCUACUCAUCCUGCUUCAGCUCUCCUAAAUAUCUACAUUAUAUUACACACACACACACACACACACACACACACACACACACACACUCGGAAAUUCAGAACACAGCACACGACUCCAGUUCCCAUUUUGCUUAUAAUCAUGCUUCAAACGGUUGAUAGGAUGACUGUUAUUUCUUAGUUUUGCUUACAUUUAAGAAUUAAUGCAAACGGGCAUUUUUAUCUCUCAGUUUUUUUUCCAUAGACCAAUCCAUCAUUUAGAGACCACUGGGGACGGGGGAAGAGGAGAAAGCAUCUAAUGCUUAGGAAAAUGCUCUGUUGCAGUCCUUUAACCAUGAAGAAAAACAAUCAUCCAAGUAACAUUUGCACACUGGCCCUUUCCUUGGGCGACCCGCCUCGGAAUCACGCAGGCGCACAGACCUCAACCUACAACUCUUUUCUGUUUUAAGUGCCUGUUUCUCACUUCAGUGCUGCACAUACUCCCUUGCAUUUCUCAGCCACGCGGAAGACAGUUGCGCUUCAGCAUCUAGUGCCCAAAUUAAGUAAUGACUUCUGUACAACUCAUCAGGCUCUUCACAGAAGCCCACACAAUUCUGUAACCACGCAUUUCCUUUACAGCCUUGUCAGGUUUCUGGCUCACCUGUGACUUGUCUCACCCGUGCCAGCUUUCAAGCUUUUUAAUUUAUGUAUAUAGCUCUUUCCUGGUGCCGUCCAAGUAUGGCACCAUUGUGGUGAGCAGCACCCCCUGAAUUCUCCCCCUCUCUCCACUCCCAGGGGUGAUCUCUUCCCACCCUGGCUUCCUCAGAUUUUCCACAUUGUACCUGAGAAUCUCCAAGCAGCCAAGCGGUUCAUUUUAUUUGAUUUGCAGAGCACUUUACAGAGAAGUGGAAAUGCGGACUUGAGUUCUUUGUGCUCCCGCUGCUGCUGCUUCAGGGAAGAAGGAAAUACCCCAUAGAAAAGGACGUUUCAUUAGACCUUUAUCAGCCCUGGGAGGCUACUUGCUUGGACUCUGCCUUUGGGCUCCUUUCCAGUCCUGGUGAUAUUUGAAUGCACUUGUUCCAACUUGUCCCCAACCACAAAGCCCUUUUAGGGGGUCACUUUUGGGGGAUUAUUUUAACUAGACUGAAUUGUUAAAAAAUUGUUUUUUGCAUGCUUUGGAAUAGGGAGAUAAUUGAGGAAGGAGUGCAACCAAAGCUCUCAGGCAGGAAAGAAAUAGGUGAGCAGAGAGUAGACUAUCCCCCUUCUAAGUCAGCCAUAUCACCGCUCUUCAUUGCUCUUGCAGAUCUCCCAAACUACAAGGCCUAAGAAAAUUAAUAAGUUAUUUUGAAAAAACUCUCAACUCUGAAGAUUUUUUGUGGUUCUUUAGCUUACUUGCCAUGGAAUUAUAGUUGUUCAAAAAGAUGGCACUUUCUUAUUCAUUUGUCACUACCAAUGAUUUCCAAUCCUGGUUUUGGAACAACUUGAAUGGCACAGAAUUCUCAAAAGAAAAAACAACAACAAAAAGACCAAAAAACUUUUUUUUGUUAAUUAAAACAUACUACCAGAAGAGGAAUGAUCCUACGACUGCACAAACCUUAAAAUCUUGAAAAAAAUUGGGGAGUCAGUAUAAGUAUUACCUGAAUCACAGAUUCCGAUCUAUAAUGCAUACGUAUGCAUUACAUAUAAAUUUGUGAUGCAUACAAUUAAGACAUAAAGAUAAAAUGCCACACACGAUAAAGUAAUGUUCUGGGUGUGUGUGUGUGUGUGUGUGUGAGUGUGGGUGUUUGUUUCCUAAUAAAAUCAUGAACUCAUCAACUUCAUUCUUGUUUUAGUAGAAGACAAAGUCUUUACCAGUGGUAGGUUAAAGAAUAAUAGACUUAUCAUUUGGUCUGGGUGUUAGGACACCAACUUCUUGACUGGCUUGCAGUUCUCUGUGUAGCCUUGUCACGACGUUUAACGUUCUGUGCCUUCAUUUUCUCAUUUGAAAAAUAAAGGAAGAAAUAAGCUAGGUGAUUUGUAGGGCUCGCAUUCAGCUGUGGACUUCUGUGAUUCUCCAUAGCACAUGGCGUUUCUGUCCUGGACAUUUCUCCCACUCGAAGAGGCUUUCUAGAGAGGAGCUAGAUAUCUCUCUCUCUCUCUCUCUCUCUCUCUCUCUCUCUCUCUCUCCCUCUCCCUCUCUCCCUCUCCCUCUCCCCCUCCCCUUCUCCCUCCCCAUCUCUCAUCUCUCCCUUGCUUGCUUGCUUUCACACUCACACACACACACACACACACACACACACACAACCACUCCCUGCUAGUUCUAUAACGUCAAUAGUAGUUUGCACACAACUGUCUAAUGGAGGUUCAAUUUUAUAAACUAAAGUGGAUUUUAAAGCUAAUUAUCACUAAAUUUUAAUUAAUUUAAAUAAAACAGGUGUGCUUAUAAAAUGCAGAGUAAUAUGUAAUCAUUCUUUGAUGUUUUAAUAUAUAACUCUAAUUAGCUGGGAAAUGACACAUAUGCUGUGAAAUACUAAUGUAAGAUGUCCAUUAAGGCAAAGAACACUUGAGGACAUUUCUAACUUCAGCAAAACUUUUAAAGCUUUCAGUAAAUGGUAACUUAAGAGAAUUCUACAAAUAUAUCUGAAUUAUACCAGUUUUAUAUUUGAGCAGCAGAGACUCAGUUUCAGUCUACUUUAUAUUUAACCUGUAGUCUACUCAAGCUGAGAUUUGGUUAUCAUACUUAACAGGAGUAGAAACAACUUGUAUUUAUUAAAGUUAAAAUUUUUCUUUUCUGUUGUGAACACUAGUCACUGACCAUGUCUCUCAAUAUUGUCACACUGAAGAUGUUGUAUCUACUUACGAUUUUAGAAUAUAUUAGUAGAGAAGCAGGUCUAUUUCAAAUCACAUGAAAUUGUAGCUGUAAUAUUAAUUAGCACACAAUAAUUAGCAUAACAGCAACUUAUACCAUAGAAACAAUUCACUACAAAGCAGUUUUAGUUAUUAUGUUAAAUAUACAUAACAUUUUAAAAAUUUAGCUUAAGAUAUUUAGAAAACCUAAAUAUGGGCUUAAAUACUUUGGUGGCCUUAUAUUUGUAUAUAUAACUUAACCUGAAUAUGUUCUUUAGCUUAUUUUAAUAAAAGAAAUAUUUCU